GGAUUAUAUGAAGCAAACUUUGUAUAAAAACCAGAGCACUCCUCAAGAAAUUAUUCAGUUGCCAGCAUAACCAGAAUAAACAUGUACGCUAAGUUGAUCGUCGCUCUUUGCGCCUUAGGCGUCGCCCACGGCAGUGGCCUUUUGGCGGCCGCUCCAGUAGCGUACAGCAGCCACGCUAUCGCGGCUCCCGCUAUUGUCACCAAGACCAUCAGCCCCGCUGUCUCUUCGGUGUCUUCCUACUCGACCCACACAGCACACGCUGCACCAAUCGCCACCUACGCUGCCGCCCCUGCCAUCGCUACCAGCUACGCUGCCGCACCAGCCAUCGCUACAUCCUACGCCGCCGCCCCGGCUAUUGCCACAUCCUACGCCGCUCCCGUGGUGACCAAGACCAUCUCGCCAGCCACUACUUCCUACUCUUCUUACUCGACCCAAACCGCUCACGGUUCUCCCGUCGCGACCUAUGCCGCUCCCGCCGUCGCCGUACACUCCGCCCCCGCUGUGGCCGUAGCUGCCGCUCCUGCCGUGGCCGUGUCCCGCACCAUUGCCCCCGCUGUGUCUUCCUACUCUUCUUACUCCACCCAGACCGCUCAUGGAGCUAGAGCAUACGCCGCUCCCGCAUAUGCAUCAUACGCCGCUGGUCCCGCGUAUGCCUCAUACGCCGCUGCUCCCGCGUACGCCUCAUACGCCGCUGCUCCCGCGUACGCCUCAUACGCCGCUGGACCCGCGUAUGCCUCUUACGCCGCACCCGCGUACUCUUCUUACAAGACCUAUGCCGCUCCCGCCUACUCCGCGUACGCUGCACCUGCCUACUCCACCUACGCUGCGGCUGCACCCGUCCUCAGAUCAGCUGUGUCGUACUCUGCUGCACCCGCCGUGUCUCACAUUGCCUACAAAGCUCACGGUGCCAACUAUGCCUGGUUAUUUCAGUUGAUAGUCGCUCUUUGCGCCUUAGGCGUCGCCCACGGCAGUGGCCUCUUGGCGGCCGCUCCAGUAGCGUACAGCAGCCACGCUAUCGCGGCUCCCGCUAUUGUCACCAAGACCAUCAGCCCCGCUGUCUCUUCGGUGUCUUCCUACUCGACCCACACAGCACACGCUGCACCUAUCGCCACCUACGCUGCCGCCCCUGCCAUCACUACUAGCUACGCUGCCGCACCAGCCAUCGCUACAUCCUACGCCGCCGCCCCGGCUAUCGCCACAUCCUACGCCGCUCCCGUGGUGACCAAGACCAUCUCGCCAGCCACUACUUCCUACUCUUCUUACUCGACCCAAACCGCUCACGGUUCUCCCGUCGCGACCUAUGCCGCUCCCGCCGUCGCCGUACACUCCGCUCCCGCUGUGGCGGUAGCUGCCGCUCCUGCCGUGGCCGUGUCCCGCACCGUUGCCCCCGCUGUGUCUUCCUACUCUUCUUACUCCACCCAGACCGCUCAUGGAGCUAGAGCAUACGCCGCUCCCGCAUAUGCAUCAUACGCCGCUGGUCCUGCGUAUGCCUCAUACGCCGCUGCUCCCGCGUAUGCCUCAUACGCCGCUGGUCCCGCGUAUGCCUCAUACGCCGCACCCGCAUACACCUCUUACACCAAGACCUACUCUGCUCCAGCAGUUGCCUCUUACACUAAGGCAUACGCCGCUCCUGCAAUCACAUCAUACGCUAGGACCUACGCCGCACCAGCCCUCGCCUCAUACUCAGGAAACUAUGCUGCUCCUGCUUACGCCACUUACGCUGCAGCUGCCCCAGUCUUGAAAUCCUCCGUGUCAUACUCUGCUGCUCCCGCAGUUUCUCACAUCUCCUACAGCGCUCAUGGAGCUAACUACGCUUGCUACUACCCUAACAUGUAUUCUAAGGUCAUUAUCUUCCUCUGUGCCGCGGGCAUUGCUUCCGCUGGUAACCUACUGCAUGCGGCACCCGUGGCAUACAGCGCACCCGCCACUUCUGUUUCUUACUCUACAACCACUACAUCUCACGCGGCUCCAGUAGCAGCUUACGCUGCGGCUCCGGUUGCCACAUAUGCCGCUGCUCCCGUCGCUACGUAUGCUGCAGCACCUGUAGCCACAUAUGCGGCGGCCCCUGUUGCGUCAUACGCUGCACCAGUUGUCACCAAGGCAGUUGCUGCACCUAUCGCUACAUACGCUGCUCCCGCUGCCUCGGUCUCCUACCAAUCGGUGUCUACUCACACUAGCCCUGUAGCAUACGCUGCCGCUGCACCUGUUAUUUCGAAGUCCUAUGCUGCUCCUCUCGUAAGGUCGUAUGCUGCUCCCGUUGUUACUAGGACAUACGCCGCUGCUGCUCCCGUAAUAACUCGCUACGCCGCUGCUCCUGUUGUGACCAGAACUUAUUCGGUGCCAGCUAUCUCAAGUUACGCUCCCGUGGCGCGCUCCUAUGCUCCUUCUUUAUCGUACGCCUCACUGGCUACUCACGCAGCACCAAUAGCCACAUAUGCUGCUGCUCCUUCCAUCUCAUACGCCGCUGCUGCUCCUGCCAUUUCAUAUGCCGCUGCGGCCCCUGCUAUCUCAUAUGCCGCUGCACCUGCUGUUUCUUACGGUUACGGAGGCGGCCACGGAUGGUAAAUUACCGAAUAAGCAAAGUUUUUGUAAAUAUAUACCAACUAUUAUAUGUAUAUCUAAUUAAAUAUAA